AGGGAUGUGCACUGGGAUUCGUUGCUUGGAAAGGGAAAAGACUGGAGGAUUUUGAAAGACACACUAUGAAGAUCCUAAUUUUUGUCCUCACACUGAGUGUUUUCUCAUGUUCAGGGUUUCCAGCAUAUGACUAUGACCUCCCUGUCACAGAAGAGGCUCUCAAUGCUUCCAUUGCACGGAUCAAUUCCCAGUCAUGGAGCAGAAACCUGUAUGGUGUUGUCAGGAGCCGAGUCAUGGGAGUGGACAUGUGGGACAGCAAUGCUUACAGGUUAGAUCUGCAGUUCAGCAUCCGUGAGACUGUGUGCAGCAAAGCUUCAGGGAGAGACCCCUUCACCUGUGACUUCAGAACUGGGCCUUUCGUGCCCACUGCUUCCUGCAGGAGUGUUGUGGAAGUCUCCGGGGAGCUGAUUGCCAACAUCACCGUGAGGUGCCAUCGCGGUACAUUCAGCUCUGAAUCGAUGAGCAGCGAGGAGGUGAUGCAGGUGCCAAUAAUGAUCCCUGACAGGCGAGGCAGCACUCACAGGGAAGAUGAUGACUUUGCUCCUGAAGCCUUCCCUUCAAGGGGAAGAGGCAGCAGCCGUGGAGACUGGAACAAACCCAGCUACUUCAGCCCUGACAAGAUGGAAUAACUUGAUUUGGUAGAUUGGAGAAUGAGAAGAGUCAAGAUUCAAAGAUCCAGCAUGGGAAAAAAGAACCUGAUGCCUUGGCCUUUCCUUUUUGGUGGAAAAACUGUUCUUCCAUGGAGUGAGAGUCUUUCCCCAAACUCACUUUCUGCUCUCAUGGCAAUUGGAGAAUUCAUGAAUUCAUGAUUCAGUCAUGAGAUGCUAAAUACACCCUCAUCCAUCGAUAGCCCUUCUGAUGUGUUAAGUCUCCCUGGGAGAACUCGAAUUUAACGUGUCCAGGACAUUUCCACAUCCCAUAAUGAUGCUAUUAAAAGCUCGUUAUUCCA